GCUUCAGGCGUCUGUCGCAUUUGUAGCGAGUCGUGUCCAGUGUGACGUUCUGCGUUGGGAUUUCGUGCUGCUGUUUCUGCGCCGAGAAUUUCUUCUGCUACACCCACACCCUUAAUAAGAAUCGUCCGCAAUGGAAGCAGUUAAGGACAUCACAGAGACGGUGGCUGUCGACCUGGGGGACCUGCUGGACGUCGGGGACGACGCCAUGGUGAUACUCGAGGCAGGUGACACUCGGCUGGUGGUGCACAGGGCCGUCCUCGCGGACAGGAGCCCCGUAUUUGCGGCCAUGUUCGCCCACGACACCCUCGAGGCCUGCACUGGCGUGGUGAGGAUUGCCGACAUCGGGGGCCCGGUGCUCAGGCAGCUGGUCUCCUACCUGUACACCCAGCGGGCCCCCCAGCGGCCCGGCACGGCCCCCCAGCUGCUGACUGCAGCGGAUAAGUACGGGGCGUCGGGGCUGAAGGCGGAGUGCGAGCGGCAGGUGGCCGCUCAGCUGACCGUGGAGACCGCGGCGGCCGCGGCCGUCCUCGCAGUCCGCCACUCCUGCAGUGACCUCAGGCGAGCCGCCAUCGAAUUUAUUAAGACUCAUACCCACGAGGUGAUGGCCACUCAGGGGUGGGCAGAUGCGAUGCGGAAGCAGCCGGAAGACUUGAUCGAAGUGAGCCGGUUGCUGUACGAUCCACCACCACAAACCAGUGCACCAGUCGUUACAGAGCUGAGGACCACCACUACCACCAGCACCACAACCACAACCAGAACCACCACCACCACCACCGCCACCUCUGCCAGCGCACCUUGCCAGACACCUGCUGCUGCGCGGCCCACGACUCCUCCACCUGAUGAGGCCACUGUCUCUCAAAUGCGGAGCCUCUCUGCAGAGGAGAGGGGCAGGAGGCUGGUCGAGGCGGCUAUGGAGGGGGCAGUGGGGGAGCUGAGGGCGCUGAUCGCCGCAGGGGCCGACCUGGGGGCGAGGGGCGAGUGGGGGUGGACCGCCCUGCACUGGGCAGCAGCCAGGGGAGACGUCGAGGCGGCGAGGCUGCUGGUGGGGGCGGGGGCGGCGGUGGACGCCAGGGAGAGUCUGGGUGGGUGGACGCCGCUGCAUGUUGCGGCAUUCAACGGCCGCGCAGAAGUGGCGGCUGCGCUGCUCGCCGCGGGUGCCGACAGGGGGGCCACAACUGGUGAUGGGUGGACAGCGCUGGACAUCGCCAGGCAGAACAACCAGAGGCGGCUGGUGGAGAUGCUGUCAUGA